GUAUCGCAGACUGACAGGUGACAGAUGGAAAAAGGGAAAAGUUACAAAGGCGGAAUUUAGCAUUAUUUUUCGUCGGAUUCAUGUACAGUUGCCGUAUCCCAUCGUUUUCCGAUUUAUUUAACCAUGAUGUCGACUACAGAAGGCGAGCUGGAUAUAGAUAUUGCCCAUGAAAAGGAGGAUGGAGAGUUGCCCGACUCGGAUCUGGAAGAGGGUACCUAUAUCCCGCUGCAGCGGCCAGAGGCGUUCAACCCUCCGUCGCUCGUGCACAUGCAGAUCCAGGAUGAGGUCAGCGACCCCUCGGAGGCGGAGUCCUCGGGGUCCGAGUCUGAUGACGAGGUGCAGCGCCGCGCCAAGCGCUCGAAGGUGUGUCCGCGCCGCGCGCCCCCCCCGCCCGCCGCCGACAAGAAGAAUAAAUACAAUAUAUGGUGCACUGCUGUUCAGGAAGAUUCUUUAACAGAAGACAUGGUUGGCUGUGGUGUCACAAAGAAAAGUGAAUAUGGGGUUGAAUCUUAUGAUUACACUAUUAAGUAUAGGCUAGGCAAUAAUUAUUCUAAGAAAGCUUUCACAAAUGAUAGUAAAUAUCAGCGUGAUGACCAAUCCAAUAAGAGGAGACACCAAGACAGGUCUAAUGUUAAAUUAAGGUUGGGCACAAGAGUCAACAGUCAUCAAAGAAAUGAGGUAAAACAGGAGCCAAGGAUUCUGGAAGACCUGUUGUUGACAACUGAAGACCCAGUGGAGGAUUUAGCUAAGGAAAUUGCAGAGAAAUUAUCAGAAGAAAAGGCAGAUUUAGUUGAGAGGAUAGUGCAACUGCUAGGGGCCAGCAAAGCAAUAGAACUGUACAAGGAGGCACAGAGGAUAGAGGCGGAUGGUGGCAUGCUUGUCAUGAAUGGUCACCGACGCCGGACACCAGGUGGCAUAUACUUCUUCCUUCUGAAGCAAGAUGAUGAAAUCUCACAAGAGAAGGUGAGCCAGAUCUUCACUGAAGACAGGAAGGAGAAUGCGAGGAAGAUCAAGAAAGCGCGCUGCAAGAGCAGACAGAAGGUCAUGGAGCAACUGAAACAAAGCUUGACAGACUCGGAGCUCCCGUCACUGCUAUCCCGCGGUGAAGCGGCGGUGGCGAGCACGGAGCACGGGUCCAACCCUCCCCCCUCCCCCGCCACGGACGCGCGCGACGGCUCCUCCGACACGGAACCCCCUACGGAACACCUACAGAACCCUCCACACGACCGACCCCUCCCAGCCUAUGAAGACGACGACUUCCUAGAAGUGAUGUGCAACGAUGAUAUGGACAUGUUCUAACUGAUAAGUUGUAAGUUUGUUAUUGUUUUGUUCGUUGUAUGUAAUAAGUUGGUGCCCGAUGAUGGUGACGAUGAUAGUGCUUGUGUAAAUGGAUUUGACUUGAGGUCUGAUAGGGUACAAAAGCAAACAUGGUGCAGGGAUUACCCCCGUGAAGAAUUCGGUUGAGUGGCCUUGUGGCCGAGAUCGGAAGUGGAAAGCUAAUAAUUGCACUCUGUGUCAAUUAUUUCAUUUCAGAUAUCUGAUGUCUCGAUAUUAUCCUGAUGAGUUGCACAAUCAUCCGAGAGUCGUAUUAUUGGCAGUUUGUGGUUUUUGAAUGUUGUAGGCAUGUACUAUUAUGUAAUUUAAUUAUAAACGCUAUGUUUCCAGUAAGACUUGAGCUGUACAUAAUAUUAUGUUAUGUUUUGUUGUAUGGAUUGGUGCUUUUUCGGUUUUAUGUAAAUUUCGGUAUAAAUUCGGUGUUACUGAGUGACAGACAUGGCGUGAGACCGUCCGCUGUGUCUGGGCGCGUAAAUUGUAAAACUUAACCAUUAGAUGUUUUGUUGUUAAUAUUAAUUAUACUUAACCAGUUAUUAUUUAUUCUAUUAACGGUUGACACCCGUGAAAUCAGACCCUA